GGUGUGAUUGAGGCGGCGGUGCACAACAGUGUUUAUCCGCGGACUGUAUAGCCAACCGUCAGGGUCGCAAGUAGUGGUGCCUACGCAGGUUUUCUUUUUACUUUCUGAAAUGUCUUGUUUAAGCCGUUGAUUCAUUCAUACUUAUUUAAAUACCGAAAGUCUGUCUGCCUGAAAGUCGGAAUAUUGGGCUGCCUCGUUCAGGGCCGGACGCUUACCCAACCUACUUGGAGCUUCAGAACCAUGGCGACAAAGGAGGCAGGAGAUGGUGAAGCAGAGUGGAGCCUUCCCUCAGCCAAUGGGAGGAAGCAAAUGUCUGAAAAACCAAACUAUGCUCUUAAAUUUACUCUCGUGGGACAUACGGAAGCAGUAUCAUCAGUUAAAUUUAGCCCUAAUGGAGAAUGGCUAGCAAGUUCUUCUGCUGAUAAAGUAAUUAUAAUUUGGGGAGCCUAUGAUGGAAAGUAUGAGAAAACACUUUAUGGUCACAGUCUGGAAAUAUCAGAUGUUGCCUGGUCAUCAGAUUCCAGUUGGCUUGUUUCUGCCUCAGAUGAUAAAACGCUAAAGAUUUGGGAUGUGAGAUCUGGAAAAUGUCUGAAAACGCUAAAGGGGCACAGUAAUUACGUUUUUUGCUGUAAUUUCAACCCACCAUCUAAUCUCAUCAUUUCAGGAUCUUUUGAUGAGAGUGUGAAGAUAUGGGAGGUGAAAACAGGAAAGUGCCUCAAGACUUUGUCUGCUCAUUCUGACCCAGUUUCUGCUGUUCAUUUUAAUCGUAGCGGGUCCUUGAUAGUAUCAGGUAGCUAUGAUGGUAUCUGUAGAAUUUGGGAUACUGCAUCAGGUCAGUGUUUAAAAACACUUAUUGAUGAUGAUAACCCUCCUGUCUCUUUUGUAACAUUUUCUCCAAAUGGUAAAUAUAUUCUAAUUGCAACCUUGGACAAUACUCUUAAACUGUGGGAUUACAGCAGAGGCAGAUGCCUGAAAACGUACACUGGCCAUAAGAAUGAGAAAUACUGCAUAUUUGCCAACUUUUCAGUUACUGGUGGAAAGUGGAUUGUAUCUGGUUCAGAAGAUAAUCUGGUUUACAUCUGGAAUCUUCAGACUAAAGAGAUUGUACAGAAAUUACAAGGUCAUACAGAUGUUGUAAUCUCAGCAGCUUGUCACCCUACAGAAAACAUCAUUGCAUCAGCAGCAUUAGGAAAUGACAAAACAAUUAAACUGUGGAUGAGUAACUACUAAACCUUUUAGAAAUCAAGUAGUAGAGCCAAGCUGGAAAAAAAAAAAAGUUAUUUGAAAAGAUGGUUUCCCCUUCAUUUUGGCAUAGUUUUUUAUUUCUUUUUAACAUUGUCUUACAAGAUUUCAGACCUAUAAUCUAAAUUUGUAAAGCAAGACAACUGGAAAAACAAGUCUAGAACCUAGGGCUUCUGACUUUUAAUCUGUUAUUAAUCUCUUAUGUCUGUUCCUGAACAGAUUCCCAUUCUGUUCCUCCCAGUGAGUAUUUUAGAGAAUCAGUGUACUUGAGAAAUAUUUAGAAGUAAGGUUCACAAGAUAGGAUGACUAUUAAGUGAGGAGAGCAAGGGAGUUUGGAAUAACUCCAGUGUUUCUGAUUUGGCAGAUCAGAUAGAUGAGUAAGAGCAUAAGCCUGGGAUAGUGGUAGAUUGGAGAUGUAUGAUAGAUGCUACUCACACACUUUAAGUGAUACCCUAUGUGAUGGGGCAUGAAAUGGUUCCAUGGAAUCGAGUCUAUAAAUUGGGAAAAAUAAGUCAUGGUUAGGUUUGCUCUGAGAGUCUAAGAAUUUUAAGUUUUUAUCAAGAUAAAAACUAAAAAUAAACCAAAACAUUAUGUCAUUUUACUGAAGAACCUCUCACUACUUUAUGUGCCCUCGUGAUUAUCAAGCAAGCUAAAUGUCUGAAUGAGGUGAGGCUAUAUUCUCUUCCACUAUGUGUCUGACCUACUAACUCCUACCUGUGCUUCAAACGUGGUUCAGAAAUCACCACUUUGUGGACCAUCACUGCCUGCCUGACUCCAAUCACAGCUGACAGCUGAGUUAGGCUUUCUUGUUCCUUCCUAUAGCUUCUGUUAUAAAGUUCAGAAUAUAUCUUUUACCAAUUUGUAUUGUAAUGGUUUCACAGACCAUGUUUCCAGUAAAUUAUGAACUCUGUCAA